AGAGUGAACUGGGCCCAUGGAGAGACCAGUGAAGGAUGGGAUCCUCUAUGUGCAGCACACCAAAUUUGGAAAGAGGUCCUGGAGGAAGAUGCGAGCCCAGCUGUUCGCCGCCAGCCCGUCUGGCGUGGCCCGCAUGGAGAAGUUUGAUGUGCGGGAUGAUGGCAUGAUCCCAGAGAAGAUGUCCCUGCAACGGUGUGCCCGCCGGGUGAUCCGCCUUUCUGAUUGUGUCUCUGUGGGUCCGGUGGGCAUAGAGAGCUGCCCUAAAGCCACUGCUGCCUUCUACCUCACCACCACGGAGAAGAACUAUGUGCUGGCAGCUGAGCAGCGCGAUGAAUGGAUCACCCAGCUCUGCCAGCUGGCCUUCCAGGGUGCAAAAGAGACAGUGCCAAGUAGUGCCAGGACCCAGCCCGGCUCCACUGUCCCCAUGGAGGAGAACUCCCUCUACUCGUCCUGGCAGGACUUGACUGAAUUCUUGGUGCUGGUGGUCCAGACAGAUGCAGCCACCCGCUGUGGGCUGCACGGGCACUACCUGCUCUCAGCCCUUCCCCAGAGCCUGACGCUGAAGGACCCUCAGUCCCGCCAGCCCCUGCUCACCUGGCCCUACCCCUUCCUUCGCAAGUUUGGCCAGGAUCAGGCUGUCUUCUCCUUCGAGGCCGGCCGCCGCAGUGACUCUGGCGAGGGCACCUUCACCUUCAGCACCCCACGGGCCCCUGAGCUCUGCCGGGCUGUGGCUGCUGCCAUCGCCUGCCAGCAGCAGGGCAAGGACACCCCGGACCCCCGACUCUUCUGUGUCUCUGACCCCCAGCUCUUUGCACAGGGUCUUGAGCCCCAGCCCUGGGAGCCUGGGCAGAAUGAUCCCCAGCCCAGCUCAGCCCUGGGGGGGACACAGCCUACAUCCCACCCCCCUGCCAACCACCUCCACUUCACCCCACCAGAGCCAGAGGGCUCAUGCCCCAUCAUCUAUGCCUCCAUUGCCCGGGGCCAGCAGCCGCUCUUUGUGCCAGGGCAGCCAGGCUCUGGUGAGCCCUGGGCCGUGGGGAAGCUGCUUCCUGAGCAUCUGUACGAGAACAUCUUCACUGCAGAACCCCAUCCAGCCGGGGCCCAGGAAGAGGAGGAAGGGCAGUGGGAGCUGGGGUGCCGACAGGCCCCCGAGGGCCACAGCAGUGAGGGGGGCCCCCUCUAUGACAACCAGGCCGCCAUAGCACAGAACCCCCGGGCCACGGGCUGGGGGCGUGGAGGGCAGGAGGCGCUGUCAGGGCGCUCCGGGCACAAGCCUCACAGCCUUCGGGCCAGGCUGGUGCGGCUGCUGAGCCGGGAGAUCCCCGGAACGCGGGACUGGGCUUGA